AAAGCCCUUGGUGCUUCGCCAGGAUCACCCGUGAUCCGGCUCCUGUGUGUUUGUGUCCUGUAUGUCCCCGGCGAGUAAACCGGAAAAUGCACAGUGUUGUGGACCUUACCCUUGGUGACGAGGACGCUGAGCUGAACUCACGAUCCCCAGGUAGCAAUGGAAGGAGGUUGAAGCAGAGCCGAUUGUCGUUUCAGGCGCUCCGAUCGACGUCCUCGAAACCCACCGAUGGUGGCGAAACACGUAAGCGGAAACCUUCCUCCGAUGUUCUUCACGUUGACAUGCCCGUGGCCAAGGUUGUGCGAGUCGCGAAUCUGCAAGCCCCGGUCGAGCAAGAUGCGACCGACGCGAUCAUUGCGAUCGACGAUAGCGAUUCUGCGGAUGAUGAGAAAAUGGACCUAGCACCAGCAGGUGAAGCAACGUCUUCGUCCCGGAACUGUUCGCCUGUUAUCGCCACGGAUGUGGAACACGCACCGGUACAACAAGCAAAGGCUGUGCUAUCCGAUCCACUCGACGCCACCGUCACGCUCAGUUCCAGUGAUGAGGAGGGAACCGAGACGCUGUCCCCUGCCAAUGAAGAGAGUGUACAGACGGCCGAUGGCCAACCGGCUGUUAAGAGAAAACUGACUGAAAAACAGGUUGCCCGGCGGCAGGAAUACGAACGGAAGCAGGCGCUGAAAGACCGGGAACGGGAAGAGAAGCGUCGUAAGCAGCAGGAAGAGAAAGAGGAGAAGGCCCGCGAAAAGGAGGAACAGGAACGACAACGCCGCCGGGAGCGUGAAGAGCGGGACGAGCAGAAGCGGAAGGAACGGGAGGAGAAAGACAAACGUCGCCAAUCGGAAAUCGAUCAAAAGAACGAGGAACGCCGGCGCAAGGAGGAAGAGCGGGAGGCGGAAGAGAAGCGGAAGGCGAAAGUGGCCAAAGCGUUCACCAACUUUUUCGUGAAGAAACCGAUCGCAAAGGAAUCGCCGUCCAAGGAAUCGGAUGAUGACAAUUUCAUCGACUCGAACGGAACCCUGUCCGGCGCCCGGUUUAUGCCGUUCUGUGUCAAAAGUGACAUGCGAUUGGCACCGACAACCCGGAGGAUGCUGGACCCGGCGGGCAAGGAAACGCUCACGAAACUGUUGGGAGGUUUCGGUGAUCGUGAGGAUCAGUACCUGAGUCAACUGAAACGUAAGUGCCAUCAACCGAUCAAAACUGGCCGCACCUGGGACAGCAAAGUGGACGAGGAAGAUGACGAUAUUAUGAUCGUCGACGACUCGGCGUACCACCAGAUCGAGGAGGAUCAAGAGGUGUUGAAGCAAACGAUGAAGGCAAAGUUUUUCCUCUUCAUAGAAAAUCGCCGACCACCGUACCGUGGUACGUGGCGCAAGCGAAGCACCGUAGUCAGGGCACGUCGUCCGUUUGCACAGGAUAAGACCUUUUUCGACUACGAAGUCGACUCCGACGACGAGUGGGAAGAGGAGGAACCGGGCGAAUCGCUGCACGGGAGCGAUGACGAGAAGGACGUCGACCCGGAGGAGGACUACGAGGUGGACAAUGAGUUUUUCGUCCCACACGGCCACUUGAGCGACGAAGAGCUGCAGGCGGAAGAAGACGAAGAGGACGGGCGCACGGAAGACAACAGUCCCGAGACGCAGAAAGCCAAGAUUAGGAUAAUGCAGCAAGAGUUUGUGGCCGAAAUGAAAAAGAAAACGGAAAAAAUCAAACCACGGCUGAUCGGGUGCAUCUGGCAGGGCGGCGGCUGUGGCGGCGGUUCGGAUAUUAUCAUGAAGAUACUGAACGAUCGUGCCAUGCUGUUCGAUCCGGCCGAUCCCAUCUCCUUCACCCGGUCGAUUACGAGCGGCGACCAGCAGGAUGCAGACUCACCGGGCAAGCGGGGCCCCAAGAAGAGGCGCAUAUGCGAGGAAGCGGUAUACGAUCUGGUCCGAUUGGUGCACGGCAACGUGAACAAUCGGAAGUUUCUGGCACGCGAGUUUCAGGCCUUUUGGGCGACUGCGGCCUCUCAGGACGGCGGUGAGCAGCCAGAACUGGCCAUGGAAAGUGUUCGCAACAAGAUUAAGGAAAUAGCAGCGUGGGGCGCCUGCCCGCUGGAGGGCCCCAUGCUGGGGAAACACUGCUGGACAGUGGCUCAAGAGGUGCUGGAAGCCCACAAUCUAACGCAACUAGCGCUGCCGAACACCUGGUGCUAUCAACUGAAGGGAAGCAAUCCUGUGCGACUGGCAAAACCGACCGCCACGACCGUAGUGACCGAAGAGAAGGGUGAUUAGUGGUUACACUUUAACCCAAUUGUACACAAACAAGUCAAACAACCUUGACACCGGUAGCUUAAAAAUAAUAGUCAUAUA